GCAGCGCGGCUACCAUGGCGGCGGCGUUUGAAGCCCCGGCGGUCUUAACAACCGUGGAGUCCGCCAUGGCCGCCGAGUCCGUGGCUCCGCAGGCCUCAGCUCCCGAGCGCACCCCCGGGUCCGUGCGGAGUCUGCGGACGGCUCACGACCUCGGCGGACCGCGGACGCGAACCGGGGACGUGCUGCUGGCGGAGCCGGCCGACUUCGAGUCGCUGCUGCUGUCUCGGCCGGUGCUGGAGGGGCUGCGGGCGGCCGGCUUCGAGAGGCCCUCGCCGGUGCAGCUCAAGGCCAUCCCGCUGGGCCGCUGCGGACUCGAUCUAAUUGUCCAAGCUAAGUCUGGCACCGGGAAAACCUGUGUAUUCUCCACCAUCGCCCUGGAUUCUAUCGUCCUUGAAAACUAUAGUACUCAGAUUUUAAUCUUGGCUCCUACAAGAGAAAUUGCAGUUCAGAUACAUUCUGUUAUCACAGCCAUUGGAAUAAAAAUGGAAGGCUUGGAGUGUCAUGUCUUUAUUGGAGGGACUCCAUUAUCACAAGACAAAACCAGACUUAAAAAGUGUCAUAUUGCUGUUGGAUCUCCUGGCAGAAUUAAACAACUCAUAGAACUUGACUACCUGAAUCCAGGCAGUAUACGGCUCUUUAUUCUUGAUGAAGCAGAUAAGCUUUUAGAAGAAGGCAGCUUCCAGGAGCAAAUAAAUUGGAUUUAUUCUUCCUUGCCUGCCAGUAAACAGAUGCUGGCAGUAUCAGCUACUUACCCUGAAUUUUUGGCUAAUGCUUUAGCAAGGUAUAUGAGAGAUCCCACUUUUGUAAGGUUGAAUGCCAGUGAUCCAAGUCUCAUAGGUUUGAAGCAGUAUUACAAAGUGGUCAACUCAUAUCCUUUGGCCCAUAAGAUUUUUGAGGAAAAGGCUCAGCAUUUACAAGAACUUUUUAGCAGAAUCCCAUUUAACCAAGCGUUAGUGUUUUCUAAUCUGCACAGCAGAGCACAACAUUUGGCUGACAUCCUUUCAUCUAAAGGUUUUCCUGCUGAGUGCAUUUCAGGCAACAUGAAUCAGAGUCAGCGUCUUGAUGCUAUGGCUAAACUGAAGCAGUUUCAUUGCAGAGUCCUCAUUUCUACAGAUUUGACUUCCCGUGGGAUUGAUGCUGAGAAGGUGAAUCUGGUUGUAAAUCUGGAUGUACCUUUGGACUGGGAGACAUACAUGCAUCGCAUUGGCAGAGCUGGCCGUUUUGGUACAUUGGGACUGACAGUGACCUACUGUUGCAGGGGAGAAGAAGAAAAUAUGAUGAUGAAAAUUGCCCAGAAAUGUAAUAUCAACCUCCUCCCUUUACCAGAUCCUAUUCCGUCUGAUCUGAUGGAAGAAUGUUUGGAUUGGGAUGUAGAGGUUAAAGCUGCUAUACAUACGUAUGACUUACCAAGCAUAUCUACCCAACCCCUCAAAAAACAAACUCAAAAACUAGAUCGAACCUCACAGACCCAGAAAACCCAUGGUCAACAAAUGGCUUCCUCUAGAAAUCCUUCUGUAUCUGCACUACCAGUCAAAUCAAAAAGUGGUAGCAAACAGAAGCUUCCUGUGAAAAGCCACUCAGAGUGUGGAGUCAGAGAAAAAGCAGUGUCACCAAAAGAACUGAGGUGUGCCAUACCAUUGGAAGAACAAGUGAAGACUCCUGUUCAAAGCCCUGUUGAGGACUCUACCAGCAGCCAGCACCAGGUCAAAGAAGCAGAACCUGGCUCCCUCCCUAAAAUCCCUUGUCUGUCUUCCUUCAAAGUCCAUCGGCCAUGCACUUUGACUUUUGCACAACUGGUAGAGGAUUAUGAACACUACAUUAAAGAAGGAUUGGAGAAGCCUGUGGAAAUUAUCAGGCACUACACAGGUCCUGAGGAUCAGGCAGUGAACCCUCAAAAUGGCUUUGUGAGAAAUAGAGUUUCUGAAGACAGAGUACAGAUACUGGCAAGCAGCAGCCAGUCUGGAAACUCUGAAAGUGACAGUGAUUCUUACAGCUCGAGGACUUCUUCCCAGGACAAAGGUAAUAAGUCUUACUUGGAAGGUUCUUCUGUUACUCAGUUGAGAAAUUCUGAAUGCACUCCUGUGGAUGGACAUACUUCUUUGGAACAACCUCCAAAUAGAAAUGUCACCUCUACUCCAGCGGAACAUCAAGAAUCCCCUGAAAUCCAGGUAAAAGCAAGGCAUAAAGAGGGAUAUAACCAAAGAUCUAAGCAGAGCCGGCGAAACGUACCAAGGCGCUCUUCCUAUCGAUUACACGCAGAACCCCAUGAAGACGGUUGGCAUGACUGUCACAGGGAACCAAACCCAAGUUUUUCUGAUACCUGCCAGGAUUAUGAGGAGUACUGGAGAGCUUAUUACCGGGCAUGGCAAGAGUACUAUGCUGCCGCCUCUCAGUCGUACUACUGGAAUGCUCAGAGGCAUCCGAACUGGAUGGCUGCUUAUCAUAUGAAUACAGUUUAUCUACAAGAACUGAUGCGGGGUAACCAGUGAGACCGCCAGAACUUUGAACAGCCGGGUAUGCAUUCUCUAUCACCUAGUCUCCAUCACCUACAGUGGCAUUUUUUGAGGUACUUGAAAAGAUUUGAGGCUUUCUAUUGGGACAACUAUUUUUCAGAUUAUUUUGACUUGGUCCAGGUAUAUUACCUUUGUCUUUGAAAAGAAAUCACAUCAAAUUUGGAAAAUAAUUUUGGAGACAGAGCUAAAGAUCCCUAAGUGUUACUUUCAGUAAUCUGUUCCCAAAAGAAACCUUUUAAAAGAUGACACAUGUACUAUUACUUACUUAAAAAAAAAAUAAAGUACAGUUAUGACUUAAAAGAAUAA